UUAGUUUGCGCAUGCGCACUGAGAAUGCUUGGUGUUGUCAAGCAUGGAGAACUUCACCAUUAAAGAACAAAUUGGCAAAGGAGCACAAGCCACUGUUUUCAUUGUAGAACGUCAACAGGAUAAACAGAAGUUUGUCCUCAAAAAGGUGGAAUGUUUCGAUGAGAGUGAAGCAAAUAAAGCAUUCAAAGAGGCAUCAGUUCUCCGUGACUUACAGCAUGUGUAUGUGUCGGGUUACAAGGAGUUCUUUGUCAUCUGGGAAAAGCAGGACUCCUCAGUCUAUAUCUGUGUUUUGAUGGACUAUUUCCCAAAAGGAACACUUGACACAGUUUUGUCAAAAUACAGGGAGAAGAAAGAAGUCAUAGAUGAGGAGCAAAUCAAGCAAUGGUUAGGGCAGAUACUAGAGGCCCUGAUGUAUGCACAUAAGAAGAAAAUACUCCACAGAGAUAUACGUCCCAGUAAUAUAUAUGUUCAGGCGGAUGAUACCCUGGCGCUUGGAGAUUUUGGAGUGGAAACUAUUAUGGGAGAUGCUAUUACUUGCACCAGAGCUAAUGCAGACAUAAAGGGAGAGUAUGUGAAGCAACCAAGGUUUACAUAUGCCUCAAUGAACUAUAUGGCCCCAGAAGCUGCUGUUCAUGGAUACAGUGAGAAGAGUGAUGUGUGGUCCCUGGGCUGUGUUCUGUUCGAACUUGUAACCGCCUGGCUGUACAACUCACAGGAAGCUAUUGCCAAACUACAGGAUAUACGGAAAGAGCCUGGUAUCCUUGAUGAAAUCUUUGAGGACAUUGCUAAGCACUAUUCAGAUGCUCUGAUCUCAGUGUUGGCCGGUAUGCUUAAAGUCAACCACACACAGCGUGCAACACUUGGGAGUCUUUUAAAUAUGCCCAUUGUGAGAAAGUGUCUUGAGAUGAGUGAUUCGUCACAGUUGGAGAAGAGGAAACGACUGAAAUCUGCAUCAACAGCCAAAACUGAUAUAACUGUAAAAGAAGAAAUAAGUAGAUGGCCUGUACCAAGGGGUCAUGGUGUCUUGAAAGUGUUAGAAUACUUAGCAAACAUGGUAGAUUAUGACUCAUGUGUACAAGAGGCGCUGGCUUACCUGCUAGAACUGUCCAAAUCUGAAGGAGGACUUAACUUGGAUCCUAGAGGGAAGAAAUUAGUUGGCAUGGCAAUGAAGAACAAUAUGACAGAUAGUGAGAUACAGAUCCACGGUUGUAAUGUACUCAACAGCCUUGUCAUGUGUGCUGAGGCUGAUGAUGUCCUGUUCACACCAGAGAUCAUAGCUGUCAUUCCUCUGGCUAUGGAGAAUCACAAAGACAGUGUAGACGUACAAUUUGCAGCAACAUCACUUCUCAUGGCACUGGCUGCCAACAAUGCUGCUGGAGAAGUGAUUGGUCAUUUAGGCGGUGUUCAGGACAUACUGACAGCAUUGAGAACACACCCAAACAAUGCUAAGUUAUGCAGCACAUGUCUGAAUGCUCUGUGGGGACUUACAGUACAUGGUAACAAUGUGAAGAUAGCUACAGAAGAGAAAGGUAUUAAAGAAGUGUGCAAUGUUCUCAAGAUUCACAUGAACUCAUCCGAGGUAGCAGAAGCAGCUUCCGCGUCUAUGCUCGCUCUCUCUCUAGAUGAGGAGAAUCUUGAUUUGAUCUGUGAUUUAGAUGGUGUGGGACUUCUCAUCUCAACAAUCAGUACACAUGGGAAGAACUCCAAGGUGGUUAAGAAUGCUUGCCUUGCACUAGCUAGUCUUGUUGAAAUUGAUGAGGAGUCUGCAUAUAGAGUGUUAACAAAUGAAGGGCCAGAUAACACACAUAUUGCUGGUAUACCAAUAAUACUGAAGACAUAUGAACUACACAAAGACAACGCAGAGGUUGUUGAGAGUAUUGUUACAUUGUUGAUGGAAUUAGCUGAAUAUGAUGAUGUUAGGUCAGAAAUGAACCAUCUAAACAUCGGACCUGGUUUACUCUCGGAAAUAUUUAAACGUUUCAAAGAAAAUGUGGAUAUAAUGGGACCUUGUGAGAAAGCUCUAGAAAGACUGCGAGAUGUUAAACGACCUGUGGCACCCAGGACUCCAAGCCCAGAACAGGCCCUGGGACAGCAAGUUGCAGUAUAGGCAGAGAGUACUAACUGUAUAAGAAAAGUGUUAAAAUUCAUAGAAGAAGAUUGAAGAAUAGAUUUUAUAACUCAAGAAUAAAUGUUAUUUUGAUCCAUUAAAAUUGGCUUGUUCAAGAAUUCCUUAGAAAAUACUGAUUCAAGAGUUGAGGAAUUUAUAGGAAUCUCAGAAGCUUUUGGAUACAUCCUUUUUCCUCUUCCUCACAGUGUAACAUUCACCUCAAGAUAGUACCAGAAUGAUGUUAAACAUCAGUGGAAACAAUGCAUCAAAUACAUUUAUGCUUUGGUUUUCUAACCAAGUUCAUUUUAUAUAAGGUUAUUCUGUGAUCAAAGAAAUGUAUUCUUGCAGACUUGCAUUAACUCUCAUUGAGUCUGAGCUUGAGCCUAUCUGUAUCUUUAAAACUUUAUCUGUAAAGUGUUAAAUCCUGUUUGUAUUUACGUCAUUCAAUUAAGUCACAUGAUUUACUGUGUCUGCAACAUUGUAAAAUAUUACAACUGACCUGUGUAACUGAGUUACCAGCAUAUACAGUGUUGUGUGAUAAUAACUCGAUACAUUUAUAUUUAUGUUGAUUCCAUCAAUGAACUUUUGUGUAUACCGGGUAUAUGGAAAGAGCUGAUCAACUGACAUACAAAUACACGUAGAAUGCUUUAAUUAUGUACAUUAAGUAUUUUAGGUAUUUGCCAUUAUUGCAAUGGCUUUUCCUUGCAUAUUUAUUAAAGCAGAAUUGUUACCUUUUUAUACGAAUAUUUAGUGCAUCAACAGCAAGUGAAUGGGAAAAAUGACUUUCAUGUUGGGUGAAAGAAGAUAGGGUGGGAGUCGCACAUUUUAUAACUUCAUGAACAAUGUUGUUUGAACCAAGUCUGCUAUUGCCUUGUAUUGAACUAGUAAUGUUAUUUUACAGUAUUCUUGAGAAAAAAAAUCCUCUUGAGCCAGUGUGAGGGGUAUUGCACAUUCUAUAACUUGAACAAAAGCCUCAGUUGAACCAAGUAUGCUAUUAUUUUGCUUGGGUGUGUUUUUGGCAUAACAGCUACCAAUAGACUGAUGAAGUCUUAUCUAUUUACAAGACUUUUAUUUACAUCAUUACAAAUUAAAACAUGCAUGUCUGUGAUAUUUUUAUAACUGUGUAAAUAUAUUCUAAGUAGAAAAAGGGAUGUGGUAUGUUUUUAAGCAUCCAGUUAUGUUUUACAGAGAAAGUUUGUUGUUGUAGCAUUUAACUGUAUAUAUUGCAUGUCUGUAAAAUAUGUCCUGUUAAUAUUCACAUGUGUUUUUGCACAAUAAAACGUGGAAGAAACAA